AUGGCAUCUCCUGGCAUGGGAUACGUGCGUAAGCCCCUGCCGGUGAGGCGGCGGCCCGUCCCAGCGCCUGGAUAUGACCACCACCAAGCAGACAUUUACGACAUGUAUAUGGACGAAUCGCCAUCGUCAUCAGUUGCAUCGCCGGCUGAAGCAGUUUCAAGUAGUCAACAGCUGAGACCAAGCAAAUCAGCCGCCAAUCUCAAGCACGAGCCUCCUCCUCCUCCCUCGGUGACGCGAUCCGUCACCACGGCUCGUCUCCCGGAGAUCAGCACCGAAGGGCUCCCUGCUCCCGUGAGCAUGAUGCCCCUCUCGCCAUCUGCACCGCCGGAACUGCCUCUCCGGCGCGCUCAGAGUUCCUCUGGGCUCUCUGCUGGGGCUCCGCCUUCACCUAACUUCUUGCCGCAUCCGCAGCAAGCGGUUACUUUGCCCGUGGAAACGAAGCAGCAGGGUUCAAUCUGGAAGUCAGCAUUUGGCGAAGCGCAGUAUUUUGCCUCGGGCCUCAUUUCUCAUCCUUCAGAGUCUACGCGGCAUUACUCCAUUAUUCGGCACACUCGCGCAUUGAUAUGGUAUUCUGGUCCUUCUACUUCAGUCUCCAUCACAAUCCUCUCAGAUGAGCCUCUACCCCCUACGCGAACACUUUGGAUGCAGCAAAAGGGAUAUUCUGGUAACAUGGGCAUGGCUAUCAAGGCGUUGGCGGGAACAACCUCAUCUUGGAUCGACGUCACGCCUGCCCGCCAGGCUAACGUGAGUGACACGUCUGAGGCAGAUGAGCGUAGCUUGCAGCGAGAUCUCAAGCGCUUUGCGAAAAAGGCUUCGGGACGCCAAAAGAAGCACGUCCCACGAGAAACUCACAUCGUGCGCAUCCCCGCCACCGCGUCAGAUGGUUACUUUCGCCUUGUUCUCUGCGGGGGCCCCGAGGCAGGGAAGAAGGUUCUCUGCGGGAGUCCAGUGUUUCGCGUGGCGAGUACAUCUGCUGAUGUGAGCGUUGUGCGAGGUGCGAGUCUAAGUACGAUGCCGCUGGAGAUGGGCGUCAAGGUUGCCAGUACAGUAGGACAAGUUAUGGCGAGCAAGUAUAUCGGAGCGGCGAGUGCAGUGGUGAACAGCUCAGUAGGCAGCAUUGUGACGAAUUCCACGGUGAAGAAGGCUGGCACGAUGGCAUAUCAGAGUUAUCAGAUAACCGGCAUGGGAGACGCAGUGCAGGAUUCUUGGCGACGACAGAGAGAUCAACAGGAAAGAUAUGAUUCCUUGAUGGUGAAUGUACCGGUGAUUCACAUGGUUGGUUCAGAGAGCGGUCCCGAGGCGCCGUUUCCCGUGAAAUUCGAUGGAAAGGUUGUUCGAGGGACGGGGAGGUCGAUUGCAGAACUGGGUAUCCCAACGGCCAAUCUGAGCGGCGUGUCAGAUCAGGUCAAGGUUCGUAUGGGAGGUGUAUUCGCUGCUUGGGCUUGCAUACAACCCCCUAAGAACAGCAACGACGAUGCAAGCGGUGGAUUGAACGACAUGUUGCCCACCGAUUGGCUCGAAGCUGUCGUUACGAUAGCGCCGUCUCGACACGCACCUCCUUCCGUCGCCAUGAAGAACAACGUCAUGGUACACAUCAUCCACGACUUUGAAGAAAUGCACUUUGUUGACGCCAAAGUCAAAGUCUUGCUCAUGGGCUUCCUCCAUCCAGCCGCCAACCCGCAUACCCCGCCAGAGCAUCUCGCAGGGGAGCAUUCUCAGGACAUUAUGAACACUCUUGCCAGCUUAGGUCGCGCGGCUUGGGGCCCGCAUGAUACAGUGGCGAUGAUGAAGAGUGUGAAGAGUAGUCGAAGUCUUGGAGAGAGACUGGAUGAUACGACGGGGAGGGUGGUUUCGCAGGUGGACAAGAUACCGAUGCAUUGGGUUGGGAUGAGAUCUGAAGUUGGUGUGAUGCAGGAUAAGGUGUAUGGCAAUGGAGGAAUGUGGAUUGUGAGGUGA